ACAGUUCUUCCUACACCCUCUCAGUGAGAAGAGUUCGUUCUUAUUUUUUUUCUAAUAACAAAAAAAAGAACAAGUGUUGUAGCUAUGCAAUCUGUUGAUCCUAAAAAGUACAGUGAGGCAAAUGAUAAGGAAAAAUUGGAAUUAGUUUUGAGAUCGUGGGAAUUUACUGAUAUCGAGGGUAUACUUGACAAUCUUCACGAAAAAGGAAUUCUUCUGCAUCAUGUCUAUUGGAUUGAUUGGAGUGACUGGAAGGAUCUUUUUCCGAAGGAGAAAUUAGGCAAUAGAAUUGAAUUUAGAGCAUUCUGGAGGAUCUUUCAAGAUGAAGUAACGUCCAAAGCAGGCAGAAAUGCCAGAAUUGAAACCAAAAAGGAUAUCUGUGAUAUACUGGACAAAAUGUAUGGCCAGGCUAAAUAAUUUGAAUAUUAUAAUUCAUAAUACGAUACCUAUAAUAUAUAAUAUGAAUAUAUGAAACUA